UUAUUAAAAGUCUUUGUUAAGCUCUUUGUAGCCUUUGCUGCUGUGUUACAUUUUAGUUAAAGGUUCCUCAGUUCAGCCAUUAUUUUGGAAAUGUCUUCCCCUCCCCCAAUUCAUUCAGCAUGUUUUCCCACUGAUCAUAAUGUACUCAUCAUGUCAACACAGUAGCCAAUGCCCCUCUGUCUGACAUUGGUUGAUCCAAUUUAGGGAUCUCUCCAUCUAGAGUUAGCUUGUUUUGACCAGCCUGCAAGGCGUCAUAGGAGGCUGGGAGCUUAGGCCAACUGGUAAGUAGGGGGGCUAUAAAGUGCUCAGAGCAGAGCUAAACAACUUCAGAGGCUUACUAACGUUUGGAUCUUUCAGAGGCUUAUUAGCGUUUGGAUCUAUAGCUCAGGGAGCCACUGCAACUACACCUUUUCAGUAGCGAGCAGAGCUUUACUCCUGCAAACAUGGUUCUGGAGGAUUCUGACGUGGAAAUGAUCGUUACUGAGAUCGAAGUCAGUGAGACUGAUGUGGAGACUGCUUAUGGAAGAAUCCACUGUACAAUGAAGGGGGUUCCCAAGGGUGACAGACCAGUCAUCCUCACCUUCCAUGACAUUGGACUGAACCAAAAAACUUGCUGGAGCACGCUCUUCAACCACGAGGACAUGUCAGAGAUCAUGCAGCACUUUGCCGUCUUACAUGUUGACGCCCCCGGGCAGCAUGAGGGAGCUAACACCUUUUCCACUGGAUACGAGUACCCUUCUAUGGACCAACUCUCUGAGACCCUCCCACUGGUGUUGAAGCAGUUUGGGCUGAAGUCUGUUUUAGGAAUGGGCAUUGGAGCCGGGGCCUACAUUCUGACCAGAUUCGCUCUGGACUACCCGAACAUGGUGGAGGGACUGUUGCUCAUCAACAUCAACCCAUGUGCUGAGGGAUGGAUGGACUGGGCUGCACACAAGAUCAGCGGCUGGACCCAUGCCAUGCCCGACAUGCUCAUCACCCACCUCUUUGGAAAGGAGGAGAUCUACCACAACCAUGACCUGAUUGGAACAUACCGCCACCACAUCACGAAUGACAUGAACCAGUUCAACCUGCAUCUCUUUGUCAAGUCCUACGAAAGUCGGAGGGAUCUGGAAAUUGAGAGGCCGAUCCCAGGAGGCACCAUCAAAACCCUCAAGUGCCCUUCACUGCUGGUGGUUGGCGACACCUCUCCUGCUGUGGAGGCUGUGGUUGAGUGCAACACCAAGCUGGACCCAACAAAGACUACCCUGCUUAAGAUGUCUGACUGCGGAGGCAUGCCGCAGGUUGACCAGCCUGCCAAACUGACAGAAGCUUUCAAGUACUUCAUUCAGGGCAUGGGAUACAUGCCGUCUGCCAGCAUGACCCGCCUGGUCCGCUCCCGCACAGCCUCCGGCUCCAGCGUCACCUCCUUCGAGGGCAAUCGCUCCCGCUCCCACACCAGUGAGGGAAACCGCUCUCGCUCGCACACCAACGAGGGCAACCGCAGCCGCAGCCAAACGGGCGACAACCAGCGCGGCCGCUCACACACAGGCGGCUCCAUGGACGGCACGGCCAACAGCAACGUGGACCAAGCUGUGCCCAAGUCCACCGAAGUCUCCUGUUAAGUGACCCGUCGCUCUCCAGGCACCCAAACCUCUCAUGGUCCCUUCGGCUUGUGCUGCGCUGCCUCUAACUGACACACAGAAACACACAUUCCUCUGCACAUACACUACACACCGAUGUCGAGAAGGACACUAAUAUAACAUACCUGGUAUUGUAAAAACGCACAACGGACACUCACCUGUAGACUAUUCAGUGCAGGCGAGAUGCCCCAAAUUUGAAAAUACAAUGCUUUUGAGUGGGAGUUCAGGGUCAACUGUUUGCCUGUUUUGUCAUUCUGAGGGACUCGCAUACAUCUGAAUAGAAAAUGCUCCUGAGCUCCUCGGUCGGGUGAGUGUGUAGUUGGGGUCACCGCAGCAUCUUGGGACACCGAAGUAGAGAAUGUCGGAGAAAGCUGUGGCGAAGAGUACACCAGCUUGUACAUGUAUCUCUCAUAAUCACUCAUGCAUAUUAAAAAAUGUUUUAAUUUCCAUUCCUGCAUUCCCGCAUCCUAUUUUUACCAUAUUGACACGGCUUUCUCAAAUAUACCUGACUGUAAAUGACCGUAUUCUGUUCUCACUGUAAUUGUUUGAUCAGUUAUUCUGUAUUUUCCAUGUUUGAAAUGUUCUUUGUACGUGGAAUUUGUAGAUAUGGAGAGAGAAUAUGGCGCUUGGAUUAAUAAAAAUUAUAGUUUUUCUCACAAAUUGCAAUGUAACUUUGAAAAUGAAUCGACAGACUUCAAGUAUAUCAUGUUUAUACAGCAAAUAAUAUUGUUUCUAAUAUGCUAAUAUCUAUUACCCUUGCAUUUUUUCACAAACACGUUUUUUUUUUUUUUAGCAACUAUACAUCUGUUCACACUCUUAACGCAAAUUACACGAUCAUUUUUAGUACAUUCCAAUGAGGCUGUAUGCUUUGUCAUGAAUCAAAAUUCAAAAGCUUUUACAUUGUAUGCUUUUAUUGAUGGAUCAUGGCUUCAGACAUUCUUUUUUUUUUUUUUUUCUUUCUUUUCUUUUUAUGAUGAUUUAUAUGCAAUCAAGCACAAUGGAACAAAGAUGUGCCAUGGAAAUGGUUUUUUUUUAGACGUGAUGCUCUUAUGUGGUUGUGGAUUUUUGGGUGAGUGAAGUGAUAGGUCCACAUUUUAACAUGAGGAUAACCAUAUAACUUACCCGACACCUUCUUCUCUUUAAUUUUACUUGCACUACAGCAACAUUUAGCUUUGUAGAACACAUACACAGCUUUGUAAAGAUGUGACAUACAACCGUCUAAUGCUUUAGGAAAGCAUUAAAGUGACAUAACAGUUUGUAUUUAUUAAAAAAAUGACAAUAAAAAACGUGUAACUGAU